AUGGAGCUUUCAUUAAAAGAAUUAAGUCCUGAAAGAGUAGGAGGGAAUUUUUUGGUUAACUUUCAGGAAAACUAUGAAUUGGAUCGAGAUUUAGAAAUCAUGAGUUGCUAUGAAAAUAAUAACACUGAAAAUUGCGAUUUAAACAAAAAAUUUAUCAAUACUGGAGAGUUCUUAAUUAUUGAGCAUAAAAACCUAUAUAUUAGCAGAGAUAUUCCCAAGGAGUUUAACAAAAAAGUUAGUGAAUUAAAGGGUACUGAAGAAGAGGUAAAUAAAUGUUCAGAAACUUUGAAAACAACAAUAGUUGAAGAAUCAGUUAAAAGUAUUGUAUUCGCCAUACUAAUCUAUAUGUUUGUAAGUAUUUCAAUAGUAUUCUUAAACCACAAAAUAUUCUCAGGAAUUAUUCAAUUCCCAAUAUUUGUUUCUUGGUUCCAACAAUUGGUAGGUUUGGUAAUUUUUUAUCUACUUAAAAUAAACCAAAAUUAUUUAACCUUUGGAUUCGAUGAAUUUACUCAUCUUAAUAACUUUGAAUGGGAUACAGGAAAAAGCAUGAUACCAUUAGUAUUAUGUUUUGUUGGUAUGGUUUCUUUGAGUAAUACAUGCUUAAAACAUGUAUUAGUAUCAACUUAUCAAGUAGCAAGAAGUACAACCAUUAUUUUUAAUCUAUUUCUUUCAUAUAUCAUAUUAAAACAGAAGUCUUCAAUAAUGACUAUAAUAUCUUGUAUUGUUGUUAUGACCGGAUUUAUUGUAGGAGCAUUUGAUUCAAAUACUUUAAAUUUGAAUGGAGUAAUUUUUGGGGUAUUAUCAUCAAUUUUACAGUCAUUCUAUAGUGUAUUAGUAAAAAAACAGUUACAUUUUGUUAAUAAUAAUCAAAUUCAACUCCUAUAUUAUCAGUUAUAUUUAUCAUCAAUUAUGUUUAUACCUAUUUUAAUUAUUACUGGUGAAAUUAGAUAUUUCUAUACUUUAUUCAAUUUUGAUCAAGGGAUUAUUAAAAUAUGUUUAAUUUUAAAUUGUUUAAUCAUUUCAGGGGUUUUAUCAAUACUAAUUAAUUUUUCAACUUUUCAACUUAUAAAAAAAACAAAUUCUCUAACCUUCAAUAUAAUUGCUCUACUUAAAUCAUGUAUUCAAAGUAUUGGAGGAAUAUUAUUAUUCAAUGAAAUUUUUACUUUUCAAUCCAUUUUUGGGAUAUUAAUAACUUUAUUUGGAACAUUCAUGUAUAGCUUUGAUUCAAGUUCCAAAAAAUCAACCGAAAGUGGCGAAUACCAGGAUUUGGAAAAUAGAGGUUGA